AUGAUCCAUGAUCUAGUUAUUGGCGCUGCCAAUGACGCCAAGAGCUUUAACGACCAAACACCGCUAUUGUGGGCCGCAAAGAACGGGCACAAGGCCGUCGUGAAGCUACAUAAAGGCCCCGCUAUUGAGACAAAGGACAGUGAAUACUUCCGGACGCCGCUGUCGUGGGCCGCAGGGAACGGGGACGAGGCCUCGGUGAAGCUACUGCUCGACAAAGGCGCGACCAUCGAAACGAAGGAUUGCUACGGGCGUACACCGCUGCACCGGGCCGCGGAGUACGGGCACGAGGCGGUCGCGAGGCUGCUGGCGGCGGAGCUGGGCGCCCUCGGCCGGCGGCCCAGCGAGCUGUACGCCUCGCGCGAGGGGAUCUCGGUCGGCUCAAGGAAGAGCCCCGCCGUGGAAACACUCCAUAACCCUGGUGCACGAGGAUUUACAGCUACUGUUGAUCUGGUGCUGAUCCAUGGCCUGAAUGGUGACUACCUCAAGACAUGGACCCAUGAAACAACCAAAGUGUGCUGGCCCAAGGAUUUGCUGCCGAGAGAGUUGCCAGACAUGCGGGUCCUAUCCUUUGCGUACAACGCCGACAUCUAUGGAAACACGUCUGUCGCCGGGAUCCAGGGCAAUGCCCAGGCCUUGCUGGCGAGACUACGGGACUUGCGCAGGGACCGGGACUAUAGCAGGCCGAUCGUAUUUGUGGCCCACAAUUUGGGCGGAAUCGUCCUGAAGCAGGCACUUUGCGCUGCUCGAAUUGACAACCGAUACCAGCACCUUUUCUCGGCGACACGCGGCUUUUUGCUGUACGGAACGCCGCACCUUGGAGCUGACAAGUCCCAGUGGCUGUCGAUAGUCCAAUCCUCAGCACCCGUGGCGCCGCGGCGGUUCGGCUGGAAAGGUCGCCCAUCUCAGCUCGUCGACUCCUUGACGAAGAACUCGUCUGAUAUCUCCAACCUCCACGAGGACUUUCGGUUCUUGGCUCGGAGGUUUGCCAUUGUAAGCUUCUAUGAGACCAUGGCGUUGCCUGGGACAAAGGCCCUGGUUGUGGACAAGCUGAGCUCUCGUAUGCAUCUGGAGCACGAAGAACAGGUGCCUAUGGCCGCGGACCACUUGGGCCUUUGUCGGUUCAACGAUGCCAGCGACCCAGGUUUCCGGACGACUUGCUGGUACAUUAAACGGGUUGCACAGGGGCUUGGCCACGGACUUGACCAACGAACAGCCGUUCAGGUGGGGAGUGGCAAAGGAGUGGUGGAAUUGGAGCAGUUCUGA